CGCAGUUUUCUGAUAAUUUUUCAUUUCAUUCAUCACUGUUCUUGUUUCAUUGACGUUUUUCUUGUUUGUAAAUAAUAAACGCUGGAAAUAGUACGCAAUGUGAAUUUACACGCAUUCCGCGUUCGAUUGCACAUUACGUAAACGUUGGCCAUCGCUUUGUAAUUAAUAAAUGGCAGUUGUUUUACCAUAACCUAUAUCAUAGUGUUGUUUUGUUGUUGUAGUUUUAGUUAUGCGAAGUGAUAAUGCCGCCUUUUAGAAGGAAGAAGGCUUCCAAGUCUUUCCCAGUAAAAGUGUGUACAUUGGACGCUGAGCUAGAAUUUAACCUUGAAUGGCGAGCAACAGGCCGUGACCUGUUCGACUUGGUAUGCAGGACAAUAGGGCUGAGAGAGACGUGGUUCUUUGGCUUGCAGUUUGAAGACACCAAACAUUUCAUAAGCUGGCUCAAAUUAGACAAAAGAGUGCAAGACCAAUGUGUCUCUCAAAUGCCUGGUACCCCUUUUAUGCUGCUCUGCAAACUGUACCCUGAGGACGUGGCCGAAGAGCUCAUCCAGGAGGUGACACAGCACCUGCUGUUCCUGCAAGUCAAACAGGCCAUCCUCAGCAUGGACAUAUACUGCCCCCCGGAGGCGUCUGUGCUGUUGGCAAGCUACGCUGUUCAGGCUAAGUACGGCGACUAUGACGAGAACGCAUACAAGCCGGGCAUGCUGGCCAGCGAGGACCUUCUGCCGCAGCGGGUCAUCGACCAGUACCAGAUGACGCCGGAGAUGUGGGAGGACCGCAUUAAGAUAUGGUAUGCGGACCAUAAAGGAAUGUCCAGGGAUGAGGCUGAAAUGGAAUAUCUGAAAAUAGCCCAAGAUCUGGAUAUGUAUGGAGUCAACUAUUUCGCUAUCAAUAAUAAAAAAGACACCGAUCUAUAUUUAGGCGUGACAGCUCUAGGACUCAACAUAUAUGAGAAGGAUAAUAAACUUACGCCAAAAACUACAUUCCCGUGGUCCGAGAUAAAACACAUAUCGUUCGACGAUAAGAAAUUCGUCAUCAAAUUCGUCGAUAAGUCUGUGACGAACUUUAUAUUCUUCUCGCCAAAAGGAAUGAAUAAAUUGAUUCUGGACCUGUGCAUCGGUAACCACGACCUGUACAUGAGGCGCCGCAAGCCGGACACCAUGGAGGUGCAGCAGAUGAAGGCCCAGGCCAAAGAGGAGAAACAGCGUCGUCAAGUGGAACGCAACAAGUUGGCGAGAGAGAAACAACUAAGAGAAGCGGCAGAGAGAGAGAGGGCCGCCAUGGAGCAGAGACUUCUACAGUAUCAAGAGGAGAUAAGACUGGCCAACGAGGCUCUGCGGCGGUCCGAGGAGACGGCGGAGCUGCUGGCGGAGAAGGGCCGCAUGGCGGAGGAGGAGGCGUCGCUGCUGGCGCAGAAGGCCACGGACGCCGAGCGCGAGAACGCAAGGCUGCGGCUCUCCGCCAUCAGGACCGAGGAGGAGAAGGUCCACCUAGAACGCAAGACUCGCGAAGCGGAAUUUCUGACCGCUCGUCUGGUAGAAGAGUCAGAGAAGCGCGCUGCCGAAGCGGAGCGGCUGAAGGCUGAACUGCUGGCGGCCAGGGUCGCGGAGAAGCAGGCAAAGGAGAAGCUUCUCAACUUCCUCAGCAGGACGUCCACUGGAUCACUGCCGCCGGUCAAUGGCAUGUCUUCAACGGUCCCGUCGAGUAUGUUCCCGUCUACUUGCUCCCUGCCGGCGGAGCUGGGGGAGGGGGUUAUCAAUGGCGCGCCGCCCCCCCCCGACACGGAGAUGAACUCCUACCAGCUGGUGCCGGACGACUCCGAUCCCCAUAUACACCGGCUGUCGUUGGAGAUUGAGAAAGAGAGAGUGGAAUAUCUGGCGAAGUCCAAACACCUGCAGCAACAGCUGGAUUCCCUCCGCUGCGAGUUCUCAGUGCUGCGCGUGGACCAGUCCACCGCCACGCUGGACCGCUUGCACGAGCAGCAGGCCCGGGCUGGAGACAACAAGUACUCCACGCUGCGGCGGCUGAAGCAGGGCUCCACCAACACCAGGGUCGCGUUCUACGAGGACCUGUGAGGUAAUCGUAAGGCAUUAAUUGUCCUGGAAUUCUGUGUUCGAAAUACGCACAAGUAAGUGAUAUCUUGACAAUAAUAGGAUUAUAUUUGAAUUGUAUAACACCAUUUAUAAAUAUAUAUAUAACCGGCACUUUCCUACUAUCUCAUUUAAGUCAAAUAGCGGCAGUAAUAAUAUAUGUAGGUAGAUAUAUUUUAUCUUGAACCAUAUAAAUCUAGAAGGUUCUAUUUCAUAUUAUUUAUUAAAAUCGAAGUGGGUUAAUUGGUUGGUCUCACGGCCUUAGGAAAAGUGAUCUCGUGAAAUUUCAAAGUAUACCUUCGCCGUAGAUAUCAUAAUGUAAUAAUAAAUAUGAAAUAAUAACACUAGGUUUAAGUAGUUUUUUUUUAAUAAAAAAAAGUAACGCGUGGCAAUGUUGCCAUGUUUAUUUUUUGUAUAAGUGUUAAAAAUUAUGAAAAUAAUAAAUUAGACUAAAUAAUAAUACGCUUCACAUUUGUGCUAAUGUUUUGUAAUAAUGUUAGUAUUAACAAUAAUGAAAAGAUCUGUAUACUCUUUAACGUGAAUGUUGUUUUUUUAAGAUUUUUUUUGUACAUUGGACAAAUUGUAUUCAAUUGUGAAAUAUUCUAAGGCGGUUAUAAUACACACAUCAAUCAAUAUUUUUAACAAUAUCUAACUGAUUUUUUUUAUUUCACAAUUAUAUAAUAUCUGAAUGCAAUGACAGAGAAAUGUAUUUUGGCAAAUUAAUUACCUCUGAUUUAUGACUGUAGAAACCAAAAUAAAAAAACUAGGUAUAAAAACGAUGUGUUCUAGUCUUGCAACACAAGUAGAAUAUUGCGCAGUUGGAAAAAUUUUCAAUUAAAACUUAAAAUUGAAAUGUAACAUUAGAACAAUAGUUAGCUACUAAAGUGACAAAUCUUAUAUAUGUAAAAGUUGCCAAAAACGUGGGUAUUCGAAAAGUUAUUAAAUGAAACCGCCAAAUUAUCGGGCAUUUGUCUAACGAGGUAUCACGUGGAAUAUAUAUAUGAGAGAUAACCAACCUAUUAUUUUUUAAAUUCAAUCAGUUUGCCAGUUUUUGGUAGUAAAACAAGUGUCAGAUUAAAUAACAUAUCAUUUUCCCUAUAAUUUCUACGAUAUUUAAAACAUUUCUUUCUUUUUACUGUUAACCCAUUUAAUUACUAUAAAACCUCUAUUUUUUAAAGAAGUCUUUCUAUCCUGCUUAUUUUCUUCGUCUUCCUCCAACGUCAUUUCUCAAAACCUUCUCUCCUUUCCCUGUCGUCAUAUAUUUUUUUAUACAUUUCUCUUUACCAAACAACUAAUUAAACUAACGUAUAUAAUUAAACAAUUUAAAAGCAAACAAUGGAUAAUGCUACAUUUAACUCUGCCUAACCUCGAUUGUAAUAUGUAAUAAUAUAUAAUAAUCUGCGUUCUACCUCGUUAAAUGUUACCCUUAUACAGUUCAAAUAAUGUACCAGACCAUUCUAUUUAUGUACCUUUUAUAGUUAUGUAGGUAGGAUAAGUUUAUAUCAAUAUAAAAUAUAAUCAAGUCGCUUGUCGCCUGUGUAUAGGUAUGUAUAUCUGUUUACUCAUAAACAUCGCAAAUGGAUAUUAAUUUAACUGUUUCUUUCUGUCUACUAUUGACACUUGUCUACCCCGUGUGUAUUUCUCUCUUAUCUUUUCAUUAUUCCAUUUACUACCGUGUGUAAUAAUUUUGAACCUUAUCUACAUAUUUAAAGAGACCAGUAUAGCUUGAUGAAUUCGUGGUACGCUGGUGCCAUUCCAGUUUGAUGCUACGUUCCUCUGAAUGCCACUAAUAUUAAAAAUGUGAAAGUUUGUAAGGUUGUGUGGAAGUAGAUUUUGGAGAUUUUGCGUGAAAAUGGAAUGGACAUACCUACAUCCGUUUGUUACUCUUUUAAAAAUAUAUUGGACGGAAUUUGGUACACAGGCAGCAUAUAACCUGGAUUAUAAGGUUUUUUUUUACGAAAUUCCCACGGCUGCAAAGCCCCACGGCUCGGCUAGUAUGUAGAUAUGAUUCUAAAGCAAGUUGUUACUCUGUGCUAUCGGUAAGAAGUCAGGUAUUGCAUCUUUCGUUGGCACGGGACGUUGGAACGGAAAUUGUACAAAAUGUGAUAGUCACACGCCAGUUUUUGUUGACAUAUACUAAUUUUAUACAAAUAGUACAGAAUAUGCCUACUGUAUAACUUUAUUUAAUAGUAAUUUAAAGAACUGGUGAAAUAUUUCACAGAGAUAUAGAUCACGAUUAUUUUCUCUUUGGCAUAUGAACUUUAUAUUUUUUUAAUUUUUUGGAUUGCUACCUAAACAAGAGAUGAAUCUUAAUUCAAUGAAUGAUGAAUAAGCUUUGAUUAUUAUUGUUACUGACACGACGAUAAACUCUUUUAAUAUUUUGCUUGCUUUUUUUUAUCACUUAUAUACUUAUUUGAAUCUUAACUUCAUCAUCACGCGCGACGCAGUUUUUAUAGCGCGAACAACUAUCGCUGUUCCGCUUUUUAUUAUGCCGUGUAACGGGACAGCGAUAGUUUUUAUUUUACCAGUUCAAAUAAGUAUAUCUAUAUAGUACAUGUAUGAGACAUUAUUUUUGUACAACAAUAUUUUUGACCGAGUGUAAUUGUUUAAUUAUAUGGUUUUGAAUGAAAUGUAUCUAAAAACGAGCUAUAGGUAUUGUGCGGUAUUCUCAAUCCAUGACUUUUUAAUGUAUUUACCCGAGAAAAACUUGAAUUCAUGUGGUUUACUAACCACUUAUAAGAACAAAAUUUAUUACAAUAUUGUGAUGAAACCGGAACAAAAAUCCGGAUGAUGUGAUCAUAAGGACUCGUCCACACUACGCGUGUUUCGAGCGUCGUGCACGAUGUGACCAGUACGAUGCACAUCACCGCUACGUCGACACUGCCAAGACGCCAAGUGUGGCGGCGCCAACUCAUUUGAAAUACUAGAAUUACAAAAAAAUUGUUUUAGGGAUAUUUCGUUAGACCUGACUUUAUUUAACUAAAACUAGGUUUUACGAAUUGAUAUUGGACAUUUGAUGAAAUGAUUUGAGAAAUAAGCACUUUUCGUAGGCUUGUACAAUCAGAUACAACUUUCAGGCUUGACCAAAUAUACCCUAAAUUAGAUGUAGACCAUUCAAAAAGUGAUGUUGAAUCUAUGAAAUAUGUGACGAUACAUUUCGAUAGUAUGGUCCCACCCUAAAAAUUUGAAUCAUCUGUUUUUGAACUAAGAUUGGAGUGUGCGCUAAGUUUUCUAAAACGAACUACCAAGAGUAGAGACGUGACUCCCUUAUAAUGUCAGUUUAAAUGGAGAAGGGUUAUAUUUAUGAUAAGAUAGAUUUACAUGAGAUUUUGCCAAAGUACAUAUAGAAUCACAAUUAUAAAUGGGAUAGGAGUAGGAAAAAAAUUAAGAAAAUUACACAUCCCACCAAAACACCAAUAAGUUUUAAAUCUCCAUUAAAUCUAGUCUACUUUGCAAUGAAAUCUGAAGAUUUUUUUCAAUCCCACACAAAUAAGCCAGUUGAUACCCACCCCUUUGGCAAAAUUAAUCAAAUUUAAUAUUAAUUUAAAGCAGAAAGCAUUCGAAAGCAGUGUUCGUAAUUUUUGGGCUGGACGUGAUAAAUGAAAAAAACAAAUUAGGUCGGGACCAUAUUAUGAAAAUGAAUGAAUUCGAUGUGCCUUCAUAAAUGUGAUUGUAUUGUAAGUGCCUUGUAAAAGAUUUGUAAAUAUAUUUAUAGAUUUUA